AUGAAAAAUCUCAAACGAAAGACGGAAUACUUAAGCAGUCAAGAGAAUGACAUAAAUAAAGAAGUGAGCAUUGCAGAGCAGCGAUCAAGGAAAAGGCGAAAGAAAGAAGUUGAAGUUUGGAAAAAAGAUGUGCAAAGGAUAAAAGGUGAUGUCCAAACAUUGCAAAUACAAGAGCAAGAAAUAGUUGGAUGGAAGAAUGUCUUCUUGUGCGUACGGUUGGGAAAGCUUGCUGUGGAUAAGAUUAAGGAAGUGUUCAUACCAACUACUGGAUCUCUUGGUGAAAUCACAAGUGCAAGGAACAUGGAGAAAGUUUGGGAAUACCUAAUGGAUGAUGAGGUCAAGAGGAUUGGCAUUUACGGAAUGGGGGGAGUUGGCAAAACAACCAUCAUGCAUCACAUCAACAAUCGACUCUUGAAUGAAACUUGUAACUUCGGUGAUGUUAUUUGGGUCACAGUAUCUAAAGCAUUCACUAGGCAGAUAACUGAAGAGCUGGAUCUUGAUCUUUCAAAUUAUGGGGAUGAAACAAGAAGAACAUCAGAAAUAUAUACAAUGCUUUCCCAAAAGAGGAGGCAUGUGCUCAUCGUAGACGAUCUAUGGGAAACAUUGCCUCUGGAGAAGGUGGUUAUUCCAGAACCAACUAGAUUUAAUGGAUGUAAAUUGGUGUUAACUACGAGAUCGUUAGAAGUGUGUAGAAAGAUGGAGUGCAAAACCGUCGAAGUGGAGCUUAUCACGGAAGAGGAAACAUUAAAUCUAUUUAUGAGCAAGGUUGAAGAAAAUCAAACAGUGCUUACUUCGAAAGUGAAAGAAUUUGCAACAGAAGUUGCCAAAGAAUGUAUGCGUCUGCCCCUUGCUAUUGUUACUAUAGCUGGAAGUAUGAUAGGAGUAAAUGACAUUCACGAGGGAAGAAAUGCAUUAAAUGAAUUGAUCAGCUCGACAAAACAGAUCAGGGACAAUGAAAGUGAGGUGUUUGAGUGA